AUGUCAGAUUCCAACACAACUGACUUCACCAACCCCUCCACCUUCAUCCUGCUGGGCAUUCCUGGCCUAGAGGCAGCCCAUGUCUGGAUCUCCAUCCCCUUCUGCUGCAUGUAUGCAAUAGCCAUCCUGGGUAACUUCACCAUCCUGUUCAUCAUGAAGAUGGAGCCAAGCCUCCAUGGGCCCAUGUAUAAUUUCCUCUGCAUGCUGGCCAUCAGUGACCUGGUCGUGUCUACGUCCAUCCUGCCCAAAAUGCUGGCAAUCUUCUGGUUCAGUUCUAGGGAGAUCAACUUUAGUGCCUGCCUCAUCCAGCUGUAUGUCUUUCACUGCUUCUCAGUGAUGGAGUCAGGGAUCUUUGUGGCCAUGGCUUUGGAUCGCUAUGUGGCUAUCUGUGAUCCCCUGAGACAUGCAAGCACACUGACAAACCCCGUGGUGGCUAAGAUUGGCCUUGCCAUAGUGCUGCGUGGCAGCAUAGUCGUAUUGCCCUAUCCCUUCCUGUUGAGGCAGUGGCCAUAUUGCAAGACCAACAUCAUCCCCCAGCCAUACUGCGCCCACAUGGCUGUGGUGAAGCUGGCCUGCGGAGACAUCCGUGUCAGUAGUUACUAUGGACUCUUUGUGCUAUUCUGUGUGAUGGGUCUAGAUGUGAUUUUUAUUGUCAUGUCCUAUAUCCAGAUCCUCAGGGCCAUCUUCUGCCUCCCCACAAAGGAUGCUCGUCUCAAGACUUUUGGGACCUGCAUCUCCCAUCUCUGUGCCACCUUAAUCUUUUACAUGCCAGGUCUCUUCUUCUCUCUCACUUACCGGUUUCACCAUGUGCCCUUGCAUUUCCAUGUUCUCAUUGCUAACGUGUACUACUUGAUGCCCUCCAUGCUAAACCCCCUUAUCUAUGGGGUGAGGACCAAACAGAUCCGGGUCAGGCUGCUCUGGCUUUUUACUCAUAAAGGUACCUAA